GCAAGGGCUGGUUCCCCUCAUAACACCCUUGCCGCCCUGCCUGCGACUAGGGUUGAUUGUCUCUCUUGCUGUCCCCCUGCCUGCUGCGCUCCCUGGGGUGCUCCGGGCACCCCCGGCUGCCCUCCUGCCUGCUGCUCUCCCUGGGGUGCUCCGGGCACCCUCAGCUGCCCCCCUGCCUGCUGCUCUCCCUGGGGUGCUCCGGGCACAACCGGCUGCCCUCCUGCCUGCUGCUCUCCCUGGUGUGCUCCGGGCACCCUCAGCUGCCUCCCUGGCUGCUGCUCUCCCUGGGGUGCUCCGGGCACCCUCAGCUGCCCUCCUGCCUGCUGCUCUCUCUGGGGUGCUCCGGGCACCCUCAGCUGCCCCCCUGCCUGCUGCUCUCCCUGGGGUGCACCGGGCGCCCUCGACUGCCCCCCUGCCUGGUGCUCUCCCUGGGGUGCACCAGGCGCCCCCGGUUGCCCCUCCGCCUGUUGUGCGGCAGCCCCGCUUCCAAUCCGCCCUUGCGAUUUGCAGGAACAUCGACUCCCGCAUCGGCCCCGUGCCCGGGUUCUGCUCGCUUCGCUUACAGCAUCCGAAUUCGCGACCUCCCGCUGACCCCGCGCCGGCAGCUCCCGCCGCCCUCCUGUUUGCAGCUCCUGCUGCUCCUCUCGUGGCAUUUCCACGGCAUGUGAUAGCUCGGCCAUUUCCACGUCUGCCGCUUGCUUCUCCCUCGCCGGCAGCUGCCCUUCUCCCGGCAGCCCCGCUGCCCUUUCCUAGGAUGCUCCCCUCCACUCGGCAGCGUCCGCUGCCCUUCGAUGCGCAGCUGCUGCGGAGAUAA